CCGUCGACGUCGACUGUUGGUUGUUGUUGGUGAUGUGGUGUGCGGUUGUGAGUGUGUUUUUCUAGUGCGGCGACAGAUUCAAGGCCGGCACGAUCAAUUAAGAUACUUGUUUGGAAGAUCCGAAAAUGUCUGACAGUAUUAAAGUGGCCAUCAAAGUCAGGCCGCUCAUCAAGAGGGAGAAAGACGAGAAUUUAUCGUUACAAUGGACAACUCAGGGAAACACCAUUGUGGCCACGGACGCCGAGCUCAGGAAGCGAGCUGACGGUGGAUUCGAAUUUGAUCACAUUUUUGACAUGAAUGCCAGCAACAAUGAUGUAUUCGACAUUGUACGGCCUAUUGUUGAUGCUGCUGUUAAUGGCUUUAAUGGUACGAUAUUUGCUUAUGGACAGACAAGCUCUGGCAAAACUUACACAAUGAUGGGUACCUCAGAAGAGCCUGGCAUAAUACCUCUGGCAGUAGAACAUAUAUUUGACGCAAUAGCUGCCAUUCCAGGACGCGAGUUUCUACUAAGGGUGUCAUACUUGGAGAUUUAUAAUGAAAAAGUUAAUGAUCUUUUGAAUGAGGACACGGAUAUAAAAAUACAUGAGGAUGCCAACGGGCAAGUGUUUGUAAAAUCUAAGGAAGAGCUUACAAAUUGCCCUGAGGAAGUUUUAUCAAUAAUGAAGAAAGGUAACAAAAAACGAAGGAUGGGCGAAACAAACAUGAACGAGCGAAGCAGCAGGAGCCAUACGAUAUUUAGAAUUACGAUCGAAAGUCGAGAGGCUGGGUCUAACCCAGAUGGAGCAGUAGUAAAAGUUGGGCAAUUGAAUAUGGUAGAUCUUGCUGGUUCGGAAAGAGCACGUCAAACAGGUGCUACUGGUGAACGUUUUAAAGAAGGACGUCAUAUUAAUUUAUCACUUUCUACCUUGGCAUUAGUAAUAAAGCAAUUAAGCGAGUCGCAAGAUUCUCGAACAUUUAUAAAUUUCCGAGAUAGCAAGUUAACAAGAUUACUUCAGGCUUCUUUGGGUGGUAAUGCUAUGACUGUGAUAAUAUGUGCAGUUACGCCGGCUGCGCUAGAUGAGACGCAAUGCACAUUAUUAUUCGCAUCCAGGGCCAGGAAUAUAAAAAAUAAGCCUGAGCUAAAUGAAGUUAUGUCCGACGGUGUACUUUUAAAACGUUAUGCGAAACAAAUAGACAAGUUAACUGCAGAAUUAGAAAGAAUGAAACAACUAACUGGAACGACUGAUUUUCAAGAGAUGGAAUAUAAAAUGCAAGAAAAAGAUCGCAUUAAUCAAAAUUUGGAAGAGCGUAUUAGAUUAUUGCAAACUCGGAUAGUCACUGGUGCCAAUCGCAAUAAUGCAAUAUUAUUUAAAGCUAAAGAAAAGAGAAGACAAACUUGGUGCGGAACUGGUGGAUUUAAUAAGGCAAAUACAUCUAUGUUUCCAGCAUGUGCGAAUUUAUCACCAAUCAAAGAGAUGUCACCUAUAAAAUCGUAUAAUAGAAAAUCGAGUAUUAUGGAUACAUCUUUUCAAAUAGCUUUUACUGAUUUUGAGCUGGAUCUUAUAAAUAGCGAAGUAAAUCGUAACGAAGAGAAUGAUGAAGAGAGUGAUGAGGAUACUUUUAUUACAUAUCGUAAACAGAACCGUGUUAAGUUUUUGGAUACUCUAAUUAUUCACAAGUCGCCAAAUUUAUCUGACAACGAUAAUAUCUCAUUUGAGAAAAUUGAUGCUUCUACUCAGACUAAAGGGGAUCAGUCUCCCGGUACACCAAAACAGACUUUGCGAAACAGAAUUCGCGAUUUGUCAGAGCAAUAUUCGCAGCUUCAAGAAUUUACAACCUUAGAGAAACAGUUAUAUAUUGAAGACCAGUCUUUUGAAUUUAAAAAAAAACUUGACAAAUUUUCACAGUUGGAGAAGCAAUUGGAAAAUAUCACAUCUGACAAAAACGCUUUUGAACAUAUAGCAUCUGAACUUCGUAAAAAAUUAAUUGCAGCUGAACAACGUUAUACUUCAGCAGAAGAUCAAUUAAAUGUACAAGCAGCAGAAUUGCAAAAAAUACCAGAGUUAGAAAAGAAAGUAGCGCAAUUGUCUGCACAAGAGAUAGAGGUGCAAAGUGUUCCAAAACUACAAAAUCAAAUAGCUCUUCUUACAGCUGAAAAGGAUGGCUAUGAGCAUGUCGCAUCUGAAUUACGAAAAAAGCUUAAAGAAAUUGAACAACGUAAUAUUCUGUUAGAAGAUCAAUUAAUGACACGUAAUAUAGAAUUAGAAAAACCACUUAUAGAUUUAUCGAUUAGUGAAAUUAUUUCUUUUGAAAAAGAUGGGCUACAAUGUAAAAUAACCGAUGUUCAAACCAAGUUAACAGAAGCAGAGCAAAGUAAUAAUUUACUGAAGAAUAAACUGGAGGAGCAACAGCAAAUGCUACAAAAUUUUCAAGACGAAAAAGAUAUAUUUGCUUCUGAAAUGCAAAAUAAAUUAAAAGAAGCGGAAGAAAUCAAUAAUUCAAUAAGAAAUAAGUUAAACGAACAACAGCUGGAAAACGAAAAGUUCCAAAAUCAGGAGGAGCAAAUUACACAACUUAAGUCUGAAAAUUAUGAAUUUAAACUUACUAUUGAUAAACUUCAAGAGCAGCUAAUAGAAACUAAAGCAAUAAUUAGUACAAAAGAAAUUGAAAUAUGCAAACGCCAGCAAGAGUCAGAUAAACUUCAACAUCUAGAUGACAUUAUAAAGGAAAAAAUGGAAUUUGAACAAAUCAAUAAGGAGUUAAGAGACCAUUUGAAAGAAGUAGAAGCGAUGAAUGAUUCAAUGAAAAGUAAAUUAUACGAACAAGAGCAAUAUAUAAAGAAAACUUAUGAUUUAGAAAAUCAGGUUGAAAUUCUUGCAAUUGAGAAAAACGAAUGUAAAGGUUUAAUCAGUGAAUUAGAAAUGAAACUGAAAGAAGUAAAACUAGUAAACAAUUCGCUGGGAGAUAAAUUAAACGAAUAUGAAACAAAUACAUACGAAACUGACAGUUUAGAGAUUACAAACAAAGUACUUACACCUGAAAUUAAAUCUGAACAGAUUAUUUCCGAAUUGCAAGAGAAGUUAAAGGAAGUGGAAUUAAAUAACAAUGUAAUGAAGAACAAAAUAAAUGAACAGGAAUUGCAAUUGCAGAAGAAUCGUGAUAUGGAAAAAGAGAUUGAAUGUCUCACGUUGAAGACAAAAGAGUUCGAGUCUACAGUUCAAGGAUUGAAAGAAAAAUUGGCGAGUAUUCAACGUUACGUUUCAAUAAGAGAUGAAUCGGAUGGAGAACAAUUACAAGAGAUUCAAAUAGACGCAAAAAUUACAAGUCCGAUAUCUGAAAAAGAUGAGCAAGAUUCUGUAAAAUUGCUUCCACAAUCACUGAAGAGUCCUAGACAGGAAUUUCAGGACAAUCAGAGCAAAAACGAAAUUAAUCAUUUAAAGAGCCGUAUAAAUGACUUACAAAAUAUUAUUCGGGAUCUAGAGAACGAAAAUACGUAUUUAAAAGAGCAGGCAACAAAAUCCAUAGCGGAUAACGAACAUAACGAACAAUAUAAUUUGAGUAACGGCGAUUCGUCGAAAAUUAUAGAUCACGAUUUAUCGAUCACAAGGAUGUCGCUAGACGAGGAUAGUGCUAAGUUGUCUGCGGAUCUCGUCUUGAAAAAUCAGGAAUUGGACGAAAUAAAGCAUGAUGUGCAAAGUUUAAAGGCAGAUAUAGAAAAUUUGCAGCAAACUAUAUAUUUAUUGACAACCGAGAACAGUGAAUUGGCAAAUAAAUUAUCGACGGAGAAGGAGUAUAAUGAGAAAACGACUGUUCAGUCUCAACGGAUUAUCGAUGAACUUUACGCGCGGAAUUCAAAGAUAAUAGAUGAAAAAUUGGAGCUGGAGAAUAAUUUGGCAAAUGUUAACGAACAAUUGGAAACCCUUCAUUCGAGAAUGCCCGAAGUGAACUUAAAUGAAGAGCAGUUAAUUCACAAAUAUGAAGAACAGAUCAAUAAGUUGACGGUAAGAAAUACAGAGUUGUUAUCCCAUAUUGCAGACAAAACAAAAGAAAUCGAAAUCAUGACCGAGAGUAAGUCACUUCUCUAUGAACACGACUGCAUAUACAAAGAUAAAUUAACGGAUCUUACGGAAAAAUAUAAUUAUUUAACAACUGAAAACAAUGAACUUUCCACUCAAUUGAUGGACAGAAUCGAAGAGACUGAGGGAUUAAGACAAGAGUGCGAUAUUCUGAAAAGUAAAUUGGAACUAUCACUGAAGAAUAAAGAGAGCACUGGUGACGAUACAGUACAACUGAAAACGGAGAAUAUUAUGUUGAAGACUGAGCUAGUGGAACUGAAAACUAACAUAAAAAAUCUAAUUGAAGAAAAUUCAAAAAUGUCUACUCAAUUAAUGGAAACUAUAGAAGAAUUAGAUAACGCACGGAAAUUCAACGGAAAUUCUUAUAACGAUACCAUGCAUUUGUCGAUGUUAUUUAAUACCUCGAUGAAUGAUAUAAUGGACAAAUCUACAUUAGAUGAUAAUCCCGAGGCGAAAAUCUUAAAGCUGCAAGAGAGCGUUAAUCAUCUCAUGCAUCUCAAUAGAAAGCUUAGCGAUCUAAAAUUAAGUCCCUGCACUCAGUGCAUGCAUUUAAAUGAGACGAAUGAAGAUCGAAGAAUGUUGAAGCUCAAAGUGAAGUCUCUUAAUCGCAAAUUGGAGAACAUGCAAAGGGAGUUCAAUAGCAAAUCUGCAAUAAGUGAUGCACUCAUUUUGAAGGCUAAACAAGAUGUAAACUUAAGUGUGUGCAAUGUAUCUUUUAAUGCCAGUUUCACGGAGAACAUGGAUGUCAGUUACGUCGAGGAAAAACUUCAAUCUUUAAAUAACGAAUUGCAAAUAUUGAAGGAAGAUCAUAAUAAACUGUCGGAUUUGUAUAAAGAAAAAUGUAAUGAAGUCGAAGAAUUGCAAAAUAGUACUAUCACAGAUUCAACGUUGCACGACGAUUUGAAUUCCAGUAUUAAGAAAACUCCAAGUAGAACCUCAUUGAGACUAGAAAAUAUCAUAAAAGCUAUGAGCGAUUUGCAAAAUGAAUUCAAGAGCAUAAAGAGAGAUAACGAAAGUAUCAAGUCAGAUCUUGCAAAGUUCAUUAACGAAAAAGAAUCGCUACUAAUGGAUGAUAUUAAUACAUUGAAGACCGCUAAUGAAGAGUUGCUGCAGAAAUUGUCGGAAAGUGAACUUUCGCAUGUUACUGUAUCGGAGAAAGCUGAUAUCCUUGAAAAUGAGAUAAGAGACAUGGCGAUGAAACUACAGGAGUUCACUGUUCGAUGUAAAGAAAUUGAAACUGCAAAGCUGUUCCUUGAAGUAGAAGUGGAAAGUCUAAAAGAAGACAAAGCGAUGAAAGACCAAACGAUAAAUGAAUUACGUCAAAGCCAUUCCUGUCUAGAACACGAACUGGAUAUAAUUAAGAGAGAGAAAGAAGCAUUUAACAACGACAUUAUUAUUUUAGAACAAAAGUACAAAGAACAACUAGAAUCACUAAGAGCAAUGAACGAAGAGUUAACCACCUCAAAAGCAAUUGUUGCACAGGAAUUUACCAAUUAUUCAAAAGACUCGGAAAAUAGAUUGGCGGAGCUUACUGAAAAGGUAAAUAAGUGCACUUCCGAAAACGAUUAUCUGAAACAGGAAUUGAUUAAGCUGCGUGACAUAGAAAGUAAAUUUGAGAAGAUGAAAACCGAGUAUGAAAAUAAGUCACAACAAGACAAAGCAUUAACCGACGAUAACAAAAAACUCAAAAAUGAAUUGAACGAUAUCUCUAGGAAUAUUAUUAAGGAGAUCAAGUGCCUCAAACCUAACAUUGAUACUCACUUCGUGAAUAAAUCGGUGGAUGAGCAGUUCCAAGUAUUUGUACAAACUAUUUUGACAAAGGAGGAAGAAAUAGUAAAGACUAUGCGGGACCGUUAUGAAAAGGAGAAGCAGAAGCUCGAGGACGAAAAGCGGCAGAGCGUGGACGCGGAGAAACGUACAGCGCUAUGGGCAAAAGAACUGGAAUGUGAGAUAGAGAAACUUCAGAGGGACCUGUCCGAGCGAGAAUCCGUAUCGGAAGGAUUGCAGAAAGAAGUUGCGCACUUGAAGCAUCUUUUGGAUGAAAGUAAUCGCGACAGAGAGGCAUUGGGAGAGAAGAAUAGUCUGCUCGAGGCGGAUCUUAAUAACUUGCAAAUUGAAUAUACUAAGUAUUCUAAGAUCGACACAGUGAACGAAGAAGCCAUUAUUAUCGCGCAGAAACGAGAGAAACAAGCGCAAGAGAUGAUCA